AUGAAUCGUUUUUUGUUGUUGUUCAUACUAAAUUUUGUGGCAGUUUACGAAGCGAAUGCGUGCAGCUGCGUAGGGUUCUCUCUACAAGAACAAUUUUGUCACUCUGACUUUGUAAUUAAAGUUAAGGUUGAGGAUGUUGCGAAAAUGAAUCAGUCAUCGAUUUUAAUAUAUCAAGUGAAUAUAUUAGAAACUUACAAGGCUACUGAUGAAGCAAAAUCCGCUCUUCAACUUAAACUUUUAACAACCAAUCCUAUACUUGGAAUGUGCGGACUUGAACUUCAGCGAGAUCAAGUUGCUGUUGUGGGUGGAAAAAUAAUAAACGGACAACCAAACAUCGGUAUUUGCUAUUUGCAUAUACGGAACUCAGGAGAAAUAGAAGCUCAGGAGACUAACCUUCGUGAAAAUUUUGUUAAAUCUUGCGUUUCAGCUUAA